ACACAGGAAAAUUAAUUAUUACGGCCGCGGCGGUUGUGUGUUCAACACGCGUUAUUUAUCAUAAAAUAUAUCGUUAUAAUUAUUAAAAAUGUACACUGGGCACCUUUUUAUCGUAACUUUUGCUCUUUUGGUGUCGUCAGCUGCCUCCGAGGAUUAUAUUUUAACCAAUAUCAAUGGAAAGUCAAUGUCUAUGUCUACAGAUGACCUAUGUACAAAGGCUGGGUUUGUCAAGAACUCGAAACCCAACCCACUGAAACCAGCUGACCCCACAACCACGUUCAAAUCCAACAACUACACCACCACACCCUCACCUACCCUCGGCCCCACACAUGAAGCAUCUACUACGGGCAACGGGAUGUCGACAACAGACAUUGUGCUGACUGUACUUGGCGUCACUGCUGGCGUCCUCCUCCUAGCUUUCUUAGGGAAUUACUUUUAUAAGAAACAGAAAAUUCAGUAAAUAAAUAUUGUUAAAUAAUUUGAAAAUUGUUUUAGUAGACAUUUUGCUGACAAUUACCGCGGGCAUCCUCCUGGGCAAUUAUUUUUCCAUCAAACAGAAAAUUCAUUAAAUAAAUACAGUUACAUAAUUCUAAAA